AAAAAAAAAAUGAAAGCAAAUGGGACAACACCUCACAAUAGAAACUGCAGAGAAUGAAUGAAGUUCACAAAAGUUAGAGAAAGAUGAACAUCACAAGCUUAGUCUGUUUCCAACCUUGGAUUCCUUCAUCAGUGCUUUAUCCCAAAACCAGCUUCAGAAAAUUCCCACUAUCACUCCGUGCCAGUCUUCAAGAUUCUCGACCACCCAACUCAACCCAACAACAACAACAACUCAAUCUCUCUGUUCUUCGCUUCACAUUGGGGAUACCUGGGUUGGAUGAAUCCUACUUGCCCAGAUGGAUUGGUUAUGGCUUUGGUUCGCUUCUGCUCUUAAAUCACUUUCUUGGUUCUGAUUCAGCCACUGUUACACCAGCUCAGCUUAGUACAGAGGUUUUGGGUCUGUCUUUGGCUUCCUUCUCAAUUGUGCUGCCUUACAUUGGUAAAUUUCUCAAGGGUGCUCAACUUGUGGAUCAGAAGACAAUACCAGAUGGUACAGAGCAAAUAUUUGUCAUGUCACCGGAUAUAGUGGAUGAUCUAAAGGAGGAUCUUGCUUGGGCAUCAUACAUUCUGCUGUGUAAUACAAAUGCAAUAGCUGCGCUAAUUUAUAUUCAAGGAGAUAUAUGUGCGAGGGGCUACUGGAAUACACCAAAUGAUUCUUCAAAAGAAAUUCUCCUUGGUUGGUUUAAGAAAAAAAUUGAAAAUGCUGGCUUGUAUGACUUGAAGGACACCCUAUACUUUCCUCAAGAUGCAGGAUCUGGUACCUAUAGGGACUUGUUCUCUUCUAGUACAACCAGUGUUACAAGUUUCUAUUGAGAAUGCUACUGGUUUGCAAAGCCCUGUGGGAUUUAUUCUGCUGGCCUCGAGCAUGAGGUAUACAUUUAGCACUAAAGAAAGAGCUUGGGUUGCAGCUGUGGCAAACAAAUUUAGAGGUAAUAGCAUUUGAGUGUUUGAAUAUUUGUAGAAUAGCUUACAUUUCAUUUUUUAAUAAUGAAGUCUGAAUUGCAUUGUAGGCCUCUUUCUUCCUAUUUAAAUGUGUAUCUUUUGUGCAGAUUUAUCAUUGGAAAGGGUAUUGGUUUUUUGUUAUGAUGUUAUUGUAAACCUGAAAGAAGUAGACUGUAACAGAUUUGCAACCUUCUAUAAGAAUAAUUCUAAGGAUUUGAAUAUUUCAUAAGAUUUGUUUUCUGAUCGUAUUAUUUAGUUGAGUUGUAGAUCGUGUGAUAUAAAGGAAGUACUAUGAAAAGCAUUUAUUUGUUUAGAAUUCAUACAUAGUCUUAUCUUCCUCAAUUGAUAUGUGUUUGAGAGUUAAAAUGACAUAUUUUCAACCUGAAAGAAGUAGCCUACAUAACAUAUUGGCAACUCAUAUUUAGUUGAUUUUCGAUUGUAAGAUAUAAUGGGUGUGCUAUGAAAAUCAUUGGUUUGUUUACAACUCGUAGUCUUGUUGUCCUUAAUUUAUAUAUUCUUGAGAGCUGAGUUGAACUUCCAUAAGCUUUUCAUCUAUUUAGCUUAUAUAUAUUCACUCCACUCACUCGAUGGGUCUCUUAUGUUGCUGAUAUCUUGCUCUGGAUAAGCAUAGUCUGCUAUUUAUGAAGGAUUACAGGAGACAACUAUAAUAUAAUUCAAUAAUGAUAACAAAAUAUAAAAUGGAGAAAAAGCGUUUAUUUGUUUGUUAUCUUUUUGGUCAUUUCACACAUUUUGACAAUCUUCACAGUUGGAAGAUUCCGAAUACCUCUGAAUCUAUUUGAUUUUACCAUGGUCAUGAUCAUGUAGGAUUGAGCAAGCUUCACAUGUUUUAGAAAAUUGAGUGCAUUUUUGGAUUGAAUUAUUUUGGUUCAUUAUUUGAAAAAGGUGCAAAAAACACUAUUCAAUUUUGUUUGGCAACUUUUAAGAAAUCAGCUUAUAGUUUUUUAUUAUUCUUUUUAACAAAGAAUACAGCUUAUUUUAGAUAAGCAAAAUUUUGGAGCUUAUGAUUAAAAGUUAUCAACUUCUUUGCUAGUUUACAUUUAUUAAUAAUUAUUUUAAAUACAAAACUAACUAUUUCACGUAGCUUUGGACCCCUUUUGUAAUUUCAUCCCAAAAAAGCAAUUCUUUUAUUCUAUCCAAAACAUAAUAUAUUAUUUUAAAAUCACCUUUCAUUUAACACAUCCAAACAUAAAACUUAUUUUGUAUAAUCAAUUAUCACAAUAAUAUAUUAUAAAUAUAAUUGAUUUUUGAAAUAAUAUAUCUUUUUCAGCUAAUCCAAACAUACAUUAAAUCGUAUAUGAUAUUCAAUGCUAUUAUAAACUUUUGAUGAUACAGGGAGGGUCUAGCUGUCAGAUUACCUAAGGCAAUGCAAGAGUCUGAAGUACAAACAAAAUGAAGCAUGAAAUCUAUAUGAUACAAUGCAAUGCAAGGCUGGUUUGCAAGAAUGAUCAUGUGGUUUAAAGGGUCAUUUAGUGGCUGUUAUUGUGUUCUGAACAUUACCUGUGACUGAGUUUUGGAAAAGUGGGUGCAUUGAAGACUUAUCUGGAAUCAAUGGAUGCAUCUCAAAUUUGACAUAUUAACAUUCUUCACUGAAAUCAAAUCUAGCUUGAUCCAUCGGGGUGUCUAAAUUUAUAUCUUUCAUUUGGAUUUAAAAGAAUUCUGGGAUGCAUUGACAGGUAUGUAUCAUAAGUUGGUCUUCCUUUUGGACUUACCUUGUUAAAGAUUUGAGAGAUUCUGGUUAGCCAUGUUCUUUGUGUGUCUCAGUCUCAUGUUACUCUAUACUCUUCACCGUAUUAACAAAAAGCUCCAUGUUGUAUGAGUGUUCAGUUCUAUUUUGGUAUACAAAAUAAUCAUUCAUGAAUUUCAUUGAAUCAUUUUUCAUGUGUUUUAAUGAUAUGAUUGAAUAAUUGGGUCUGCUGGAAAGCAAUUUAAACCUCUAUGUUUAUAGACUGUUGUGGACAUCCCUUGAGUUUAAACCUCCUAAUGCAUUUAACAAGUAGAUUGAAGAGGUGAAUUAUUUUCUACAAGGAUGAUAAAGUGAUGGCAGAAACAGUGAAUUAGUUGGCUCUAACAUUGCUUCUAGAUCUCUGCCUAUCCAUUUGUGUGUUGACUUCCGGGGGAAGCAUCUUUGAUAUGUAUCGAAAGCUGUACAAUAAAAAAAUAAUAAUCUUUUAUUGAAAAUUAUAACAUUUAAAUUUAAAAUUCAAUUAUUAUAUUAAUUCUUGCGCAAAAU